AAUAACUAAUUAAUUAGCAGGAGAAGCCUCUAUCUGUCCAAUGGAAACGAAUGCCAGUGCUAACCCCGAGCCCUCUCGUUUCGAACCCUUUUGCAGGUGGCGCGCAGAAGAAGGGCGCGACAUUCUCGAGGUUCAUCUUCCAGGGUUCAAAAGGGAACAACUUAGGGUUCGAAUCAACAUUCGCGGAGGUCUUAUAAUUUUCGGAGAUUGUACGAAUCCUCUAAGCUCCUUUCACAAACAAGUUGAGAUUCCAAAAGAUUGUAAUGCAGAUGCAAUUCGUGCAAAGUUUGUUAGCGAAAUUCUUUAUAUAACAAUGCCUAAGAAAUUUCCUAGGAGCUCUGCGGGAAAACCAAAACAGGAAAAUAGUCAAAGCAAGGUGGAAGAAGAUUCUAGAGUUAAAGAAUCGAGUGCUGGAGAGAAGACUAAGACAUCAUCAGCACGCCUCAAAUAUUGGUUUGAGAGUGCAGUUUCAAGGCUUGGAAUCUCAAGAAGGAUGGCAAUUGCGGUUGUUGUUCUAAUGAUUGUCGUUGCAACUUAUGUUACACUUAAAUGUCGCAAAGUCUGGCCAUGUCCAAAUUAUUAUACCCCAAAAUGAACUUGAAUAAAAAUGAAAAUGCCUAAUUUUAUUGCUGUGA